CAAAGACUGUUUGAUUCUCGUGAUCAGGUCAGAAAAAACUGUUUGAAUCUUCCCUACCAAAAAGAUACUAUUUAAUAAGGCGAGACGCCAUCCCCACGAGACUCCUAACCUCGCAGAGAUGGCAACGAAGCUUAUGCAAGCGAUUCAGUACGAUCGCUAUGGCGGCGGCCCCGCCGGUUUGAAGCAUGUAGAGAUUCCAGUUCCCACUCAAAUAAAAAAUGAGGUUUUGGUGAAAGUGGAAGCGGCUAGUCUGAACCCUUUUGAUUGGAAGAUUCAAAAGGCUGUAGCAAGGCCUCUGUUACCUCGAAAGUUCCCCUAUAUCCCUGGUACUGAUAUAGCAGGAGAGAUAGUAGAGGUUGGAUCAAAAGUCAAAGAUUUCAAAGUUGGUGACAAAGUGGUUGCUUAUCUUGCUCAUGAUCAUGGAGGUGCACUGGCUGAGUUUGCUGUGGCUACUGAGAGAUUAACAGUUUUGAGACCAUCUGAAGUCUCAGCAGCUGAAGCUGCCGCUUUAACUUUGGCUGGUUUAACAGCUUAUCAACCCCUCAUUGAAAUUGCUGGUGUCAAGCUUGAUGGAACCGGUGAACAAAAGAACAUCUUAGUAACCGCCGCCUCAGGCGGCGUGGGUCACUUUGCAGUUCAACUGGCAAAGCUAGGGAACACUUUCGUCACGGCCACUUGUGGGGCCCGCAACGUUGACUUGGUCAAGAGCUUAGGUGCUGAUGAGGUUCUUGACUAUAAGACUCCAGAAGGAGCUGCUUUAAAGAGUCCAUCUGGUAGAAAAUAUGAUGCAGUGAUACAUUGCACAACUGGAAUUCCAUGGUCCACUUUUGAGCCUCAAUUAAGUGAUCAUGGAAAGGUAAUAGACUUAACGCCUGGUUUGAUUUCAAUGGCGACUUUUGCUCUGAAGAAACUCACUUUCGCUAAGAAGCAAAUAGUGCCGUUCUUUGCAACACCCAAUAAAGAGAACCUGAGUUAUCUGAUUCAGUUGGUGAAAGAUGGAAGGCUUAAAUGUGUUAUUGACUCUCGUUUCCCUUUGAGUCAAGCUGAAGAUGCUUGGGCUAAGAGCAUUGAUGGCCAUGCUACUGGAAAAAUUAUUGUGGAGCCAUAAACACCACAUACAUAUAUACAUAUAUAUAUAUAUA